AUGGGGAAGAAGACUGCUGCGAAGAGACCCCGAGGACGGAAGAUAGCAGAACCACCGAUGCAUCCUUUGGAAGAGUCGCGCAUCAAAAUAUGCAUAAGGAACAAUUCAGUGCUGCAAUCACUCGGAAUUCCUGCACUAUCAACACUGUUUGCAGCCAAAACUGUCAUUUCACCUGGAAAAAAAUAUCCCAAGCAUAGUUCUGAUGAUUCCGAAGCUGAGUACUAUCCUAACGAGGACAAUACCAGUGAAGGAGAAUCGUCCGAUGAUAGUUUAGUAGAUGAAAUAGAAGCACUGCAGUCCACACCUGCUGCUAGCUCAAACUCUAAGGGCUGUAAGAAGACUAGUCAGAAAACUAGUAAUAAAAGAUCUGGGGCCAUGCCCCCUGGUGGAGUCAAGCCUCGGCCUCCUAAGAGAGUUCAUGCGGACAUCCCUACUAAUUCACGAGUCGCAAGGUCAAAGAAAGCUCUAUUACAAGAUGCUGAUGCAAGUACUCAAAGUGAGGAGAUGUUGGAUCCUAAACAUCAAACACCAAGUGUCAUCGAUAAGCCAACUGCUUCUGUGGCUUGUGCCCGCCAAGCUGAAGAAAUUAUUCCCAACUUUGAUGACCAUGAUGAUGACCCUGCACAUUGUGAUGAUGACAACUGGAUUGCCAAUGGAGCUGAUCUUAUUGCCCAUCGUGAUGAUGACAAUGAGAUGGCCAACGAAGCUGGUGGUAGUGGUCACAAUGAGAUGGCCACCGAAGCUGGUGGUAGUGCCCAACCAAAUCAGGAAACCCAACCUAACAAUAACUCUGAAGGUCCACAAUCCUAUGAAAAGCCAAGGGAAAGGGGCCCUAAUUUGGGAAAAGGCCUGGAAAGGAUCACUCGACGCCGGCAGGGCAAACUACCGCUUGUCAUUCCAGAAGGGAGGAUAAGGCCGGAGGCACCUCUUCUUGCUGCAAAGUUUGCAAUUGAAUGCAACGUCACAGUCAGACACCAUAUGCCUGUGUUUAAGCGCUGGAAGGAUUACAAGGACCUAGAUGGACAUGUCCGAGAUGGGAUCUUCAGGAACUUUGUAGGCAAAGUUGGUAACAAGUUUCAGAUGGACGUAGAUGAUGUGCCAGUUAGGAAGGCUUGUACUGAAAUGCUGAAACGUGCGACUCGCCAACAACGAUAUAGGCUCAAGAAAGAGUUUUUUGACCCUCACCCACUCCAUUUGGUGACGAGAACUUCUCCUGUCCCCUUGAUGACUGAUGAGCAGUCGAAUGAGCUGGUGGAAAGCUGGAAGGAUCCCAAAAAGAUGGGGAUAUGUGAAAUUAACAAAAAUAAUCGAGCUCAAGUUAAGUUUCACCAAACUACUGGCGCGCGCAGCUAUCCGAUGCAUUGUGAUAAUCUGGGCGACAAAUACAAAGAUAAAGAACCCACUGCAUUGGAUUUGUUCAAGGAGUGUCACUACAACAAGAAAAAGAAAAGCUACACUAAUGUCGUGCAAGCUGCAAUUACUGAGAUGGAAAACAAGGCCUCUCAACCUACAAAAGAUGGCCAGGAAUCAAACUCUGCAACCGAGGCUGUAGCUGAAGUGCUUGCUAAGCACACUAAGAAGCCAAGGUUUCUUCAGCAUGUGGGGAUCCAGCAUGUCCAUGCGAGAUCCAGUGCAGAAGUGGCAACGGAGAAGAGGGACAAUGUUGAGCUUCGGGCACGUGUUGACACCUUGACCAAGCUGUUGAAGGAGUUCGAAGAAGCAAGGACCAGGCAAGACGAGGAGCAUAGGAAGAGAGAUGAGGAGAACAGGAAGAAGCAAGCUGCGAUGGAUGCAAAACUAGACUUUUUGCUAAGUCAGUUGCAACCAAGAUCAGCUCAAGGGUAAGUUGUUUGAGCCCAAGAUCGGUGUCUUUCUCUACUUGAUGCAUGGAAGCCAUGUGAAUGCAAUAUACCGCUGGAACCAACCUUCUUAUUUUGUAAUGCUUUUGUUGUGCAAACUGCACACUGUUGGAAGCAAACUUGUUGCAUUUUGCUGCUCCAUGUUCAGUGCAUGUGGAGAUGUA